AAUGAGGGGGAGCCGGUUGAUCAUCUCCGCCUAAUAAAGACGGCGUAUACCAACAAGAAGACCGGCGAGAUUGAUGAUGGUGUUGUGAGGGAUGUGGUCACCCUCAUCGACAGUCAGAUGGAACAGGAAGUGUCUCAGCUUCAAACCGAGGAUGACGAUUCGACGGGAUCGACCGGUUUGCCUCGGGUUCGGAUCAACCAAAUCGUUGAAGCGUCGGUUCCAAAGAAGAAGGGCCGUUUGUUCGGUUUGGCUCGUCGGUCUCCCUCGGUUCCGUCUGCUUCUGCACCACCACCGUCCUAUGUUGAUCAAGAAGUCCUUCUGAGUCAGAUCAGGGACAAGGAUGCUCGCAUAUCUGCGCUGGAGUCCAUGGUGGCGAGUCAAGAGGCGGGCUGGGAGGCACAGAGGAAGCUGAAUGUGCAAAUGAUGGCGAUGAUGAGGAGCAUGAACCCGAACGCCAACGUGGACUUCCCGACCAUGCCAGACCCGGACUUCCAAAACCCGUAGUUUAAUUUCUUUCAAAAACUCGAAAUGUU